AUGGUCGCUAUAGAAGAGCAUUUUGUUGAUGCAAGCAGUGGCCCUAGCACACAUGACAAGAACACUAGGAAGAAGAGGAUGGCCAAAGUUCCAGCCAUAAAAAAUACCAAGGCAAAGAAGCAAAAGGUCGACAAGGCUGCAGAAAUGUAUGAGAGGACACCUUUCAUCAAGCUAGGUGGAUUUUUCAUUGGAUACAAGAAAUUCCUUGUAUGCUUCAAGCCUCGUGGGGAUAUGAAUGAUGAGAUUAUGUCACUAUGUAUUGAGAUGAACAACCUCGCAUCCCGUGCAGCAAAAGAAAGGGAUUUGAGGAAAUACAUUUUCUCAGUCCACGCGGGGGACCCAUCAACUUUCCAACCAGCAAAACUCAUGGCUGAGCUCGAAAGGGCUAUGAAAAUGUUCAAGGUUCAAAAGUUUGACCUCCUCUUUUUCACAAUUGUUCAUGAUCGCCAUUGGAUAGUUGUUUGCGCAAACUUGCUUCACAAGCAGUGGAAUGUAUUUGACUCAAUCCAUUCAAAAGGAAAACAAUCUCCUUUGAAGAAGCAAGCCAAUAACCUGAUCACAAACUUUGCAACCCUCGCACAAGAGUGCAGCGAAUUCAAUGUCAAUGUUGGAUCCUUCGCCCAUGUUGACCUAGAGGAUUACCCAAAGCAAGAUACCCUAUGUGAUUGUGGCUUUUUUGGGCUCAAAUAUGUGGAGAACUAUGAUGGGAAGUCAAUCAGAGAGUUCAAGCAGGAGGACAUGGCGCGAUACCGCAUGGAUGUGGCAUACAACCUUUUCAGUCACCCAAUGAACAAUGCCCCAAAGGAGCGGGCGUUCAAGGAUGAGUUGGCGGCUUGA